GCGGCGGCGCUGGACCCGGCGCCUCCCCGGGCACGGCAGGGCGUGUGCGGGCCGCGCUGGCGCUGCCCCCGGCGGGCUCCCCCUGCCCUGUCGCUCCCCAGUCCGCCGCUGCACCCAGCAUCCCGGGGCCAGGAUGACUAUCCGGCACCAAGGCCAGCAGUACAGGCCGAGGAUGGCAUUUCUGCAGAAGAUAGAAGCGCUGGUGAAGGACAUGCAGAACCCAGAGUCGGGAGUCCGAAUGCAGAGCCAGAAGGUCCUGGUCACCAGCGUCCCUCAUGCUAUGACAGGGAGUGAUGUUCUGCAGUGGCUCGUCCAGCGGCUUUGGGUCUCCAACCUGGAGGCUCAGAAUUUGGGCAACUUCAUAGUCAAGUAUGGCUACAUUUACCCUCUGCAGGACCCCAAGAAUCUCAUUCUUAAGCCUGACAGCAGCCUCUACAGGUUCCAGACGCCGUAUUUCUGGCCCACUCAGCAGUGGCCUGCGGAGGAUACAGACUAUGCCAUCUAUUUAGCCAAGCGGAAUAUCAAGAAGAAAGGGAUUCUGGAAGAAUAUGAAAAGGAAAAUUAUGAUUUCCUGAACAAGAAAAUUAACUACAAGUGGGACUUUGUCAUCAUGCAGGCCAAGGAGCAGUACAGGACUGGGAAGGAAAGGCCCAAGGCGGACAGGUACGCCCUGGACUGUCAGGAGAAGGCAUACUGGCUGGUGCACCGCUGCCCUCCAGGAAUGAACAAUGUGCUGGACUAUGGCUUGGAUCGAGUGACAGAUCCGAAUGAAGUUCAGAAACAAACAAUCACAGCUGUCAAAAAAGAGAUCAUGUAUUACCAGCAGGCACUGAUGAGGUCCACGGUGAAGUCCUCCGUGUCCCUGGGCGGGAUCGUCCGAUACAGCGAGCAGUUCUCGUCCAAUGAUGCCAUCAUGUCCGGCUGCCUCCCCAGCAAUCCCUGGAUAACGGAUGACACACAGUUCUGGGACCUAAAUGCCAAAUUGGUGGAGAUCCCAACCAAGAUGCGGGUGGAGCGAUGGGCCUUCAACUUCAGCGAGUUGAUCCGAGACCCCAAGGGCAGACAGAGCUUCCAGUACUUUCUCAAGAAAGAGUUUAGUGGGGAGAACCUGGGCUUCUGGGAAGCCUGUGAGGACCUGAAGUAUGGCGACCAGUCCAAGGUCAAAGAGAAGGCGGAGGAGAUUUACAAACUCUUCCUGGCUCCAGGAGCCCGGCGGUGGAUCAACAUCGAUGGCAAGACCAUGGACAUCACGGUCAAGGGACUGCGGCACCCCCACCGCUACGUGCUGGACGCGGCACAGACUCACAUUUACAUGCUCAUGAAGAAGGACUCUUAUGCCCGCUAUUUAAAAUCCCCCAUCUAUAAGGAAAUGCUGGCCAAGGCCAUCGAACCCCAGGAAACCACCAAGAGAAGCUCCAGCCUCCCAUUCAUGCGGCGCCACCUGCGCUCUAGCCCGAGCCCCGUCGUCCUGCGGCAGCUGGAGGAGGAGGCCAGGGCCCGGGAGGCCGCCAACACGGUGGACAUCACCCAGCCCGGCCAGUACACGGCGCCCAGCCCGCACCUGACGGUGUACACGGGCACCUGCGCGCCGCCCUCACCGUCCCCGCUGUCGCCGUCCUGCCGCUCCCCGCGGCGCCCCUUCCCGUCGCCCGCGCGCUUCAUGCGGAGGCCCAGCAGCACCGUGUGCCCCUCGCCCAUCCGGGGGCCCCUGGAGGGCUCAGGGGGCGCCGAGCAGAAAGGGGAGGCCGGCGAGAGCAGCGACGUCGCGGCGGGCGGCGGCGCGCGCGCUCGGACCCAGGCGCGGGGCCCGUCCCGGGCGCGCAUGGCCCUGACCUUCGGCCGCUUCCUGCGCCGUGGCUGCCUGGCCUCCCCCGUCUUCGCCCGGCUCUCGCCCAAGUGCCCGGCCGUGUCCCACGGGAAGGUGCAGCCCCUGGGGGAAGCGGGCCAGCAGCUGCCCCGGCUCAAGUCCAGGAGAGUGCCCAAUUUUUUCCAGAUCAAAAUGGAUGUGCCUAUGGACAGUGGGACGUGUCUGGUGGACUCGGAAGAUACCGGCACGGGAGAAUCAGGGGACCAGGCCAUGGAGAAGGAGGUCAUCUGCCCCUGGGAGAGCAUGGCGGAGGGGAAAGCAGGCUGAGUCGGGGGCCUCCACAGGAAGUUGCUCCUGGCAGACUCUGCUGCAUGGGGCCGUAGGAUAUGCUUGCUCUCAAACCAAAGUGCAUUAAGUUUCUAUUUGGGGGCCAGAGAAGCAAGACGAGAUGGAUGAUAGGGAAGAGUGUUCUGACUGGGCUCCCGACCCUUCCCCUUCCUCCUGACUCCCCUCCUUCGGCAGAAGAAAGGCAUGUGAACCAGAAGACUUGACUUGCUGCCUUAAAACCAAUAAAAGGUUAACUUCUAAAAGUCUCUUGCAAAGG